AUGAACCUUCUUUGUAUAAAAGGAUUGCAAGUGCUGCAUAUAGCAAUUGCCAGAACCAUUGCAUUUUUAGCAUGGAAGACAAAAUUGCACUAUAUUCAUGCCUUUUCUUCUUUCCAUCCUUAUUAUCAAGCUCUUGCUUGGAACAAGAACCAAACACAAGAACCUACCCCCAAGUCCUUUUGCACUUCCAAUCCUAGGCCACCUCCAUCUCCUCAAGGAACCCUCCACCGAUGCCUCUUCACCCUUUCACAAAAAUACCGUCCAAUCUUCUCCCUCCAGCUCGGCUCCCGCCUUUCCAUUGUUGUGUCAUCACCCUCCGCCGUGGAAGAAUGCUUCACCAAAAACGAUAUCAUUUUUGCAAGCCGCCCUCUCUUUUGGGCAGGCAAGUAUGUUGGCUACAACUACACCAAUGUAGGCUUAGCUCCAUAUGGUGACCAUUGGCGCAACCUUCGUCGUAUAUUCAGACAUGAAAUACUCUCUCCAAAUUGCUUGAAACUGUCUUCGGCAAUUCGGAUGGACGAAGCGAGGAUUUUACUGAAAAAUUUGUACAAUUUUGUUUCUAGCCAGGAUGAUAGUUUCGUCAAGGUAAAGUUGAAACCAAUGUUGUCAGAAUUCACAUUCAAUAUGAUAUCAGAAUGGUUGCAGGAAAACAAUACAAUAUUGGAGAAGAAGUGA